UCGGGGCGGGAGCCGCGGCCGCCGCAGCCAUGACGGUGGAGUUCGAGGAGUGCAUCAAGGAUUCGCCGCGCUUCAGGGCCACCAUUGAUGAGGUAGAAACGGACGUGGUUGAGAUCGAAGCCAAAUUGGACAAGCUGGUGAAGCUGUGCAGCAGCAUGAUUGAGGCCGGCAAGGCCUACGUGGCCACCAGCAGGCUCUUCGUGAGCGGUGUCCGCGACCUGUCCCAGCAGUGCCAGGGCGAUGCGGUCAUCUCGGAGUGUCUGCAGCGGUUUGGCGACAGCCUGCAGGAGAUGGCCAACCAUCACGUGAUCCUGUUCGACCAGGCCCAGAGGUCUGUGCGCCAACAGCUGCACAACUUCGUCCGAGAGGAUGUGCGCAAGUUCAAGGACACCAAGAAGCAGUUUGACAAGGUGCGCGAGGACCUGGAGCUCUCCCUGGCCAGGAACGCCCAGGCCCCCCGGCACCGUCCCCACGAGGUGGAGGAGGCCACAGGUGCCCUUACCCUCACGCGGAAGUGCUUCCGUCACCUGGCACUGGACUAUGUGCUGCAGAUCAACGUCCUACAGGCCAAGAAGAAAUUCGAGAUCCUGGAUUCUAUGCUGUCCUUCAUGCACGCGCAGCACAGCUUCUUCCGCCAAGGCUACAGCCUCUUGCAGCAGCUGGACCCCUAUAUGAAGAAGCUGGCCUCUGAGUUGGACCAGCUGGUGAUCGAUUCUGCCGUGGAAAAGCGUGAGAUGGAGCGCAAGCAUGCUGCCAUCCAGCAGCGGACACUGCUGCAGGACUUCUCUUAUGAGGAGUCCAAGGUGGAGUUCGACGUGGAUGCGCCCAGUGGUGUGGUCAUGGAAGGCUACCUCUUCAAGAGGGCAAGCAAUGCUUUUAAGACGUGGAACCGGCGCUGGUUCUCCAUCCAAAACAGCCAGCUGGUCUACCAGAAAAAACUCAAGGACGCACUGACCGUGGUGGUGGAUGACCUCCGCCUGUGUUCCGUGAAACCCUGUGAAGACAUCGAGCGGAGGUUCUGCUUCGAGGUGGUGUCACCCGCCAAGAGCUGCAUGCUGCAGGCCGACUCAGAGAAGCUGCGCCAGGCCUGGGUCCAAGCCGUGCAAGCCAGCAUCGCCUCGGCCUACCGUGAGAGCCCGGACAGUUGCUACAGUGAGAGGCUGGACCGCACUGCAUCUCCAUCCACAAGCAGCAUCGACUCAGCCACGGACACGCGGGACCGCAGUGCCAAGGGCGAGAGCGUGCUGCAGCGCGUGCAGGGGGUGGCCGGCAACGGCCAGUGUGGGGACUGCGGGCAGCCAGACCCGCGCUGGGCCAGCAUUAACCUGGGUGUGCUUCUCUGCAUCGAGUGCUCAGGCAUCCACAGGAGCCUGGGUGUCCACUGCUCCAAAGUGCGGUCCCUGACCCUGGACUCCUGGGAGCCUGAGCUGCUUAAGCUAAUGUGUGAGCUUGGGAAUGGGCUUGUGAAUCGGAUCUACGAGGCCCGGUGCGAAUGCCUGGGCAGCAGGAAGCCUACCGCCAGCAGCCCCAGGCAAGACAAGGAAGCCUGGAUCAAGGACAAGUACGUGGAGAAGAAGUUUCUGCAGAAGCCACCCAGUGCCCCCGUGCGGGAGGCCCCCCGUCGCUGGCGGGCACAGAAGCAGCUGCGCCCCCACAGCUCGCCCCGCGCCCCGACCACUCGCCACAGGGUCCGGCAGGAGCCUGCCCUGCCCUCCAUGGCUGCUCUGUCCUCAGCUGGCACGCUGGAGCGCAGGUUCCGCCGGGAUUCCCUCUUCUGCCCAGAUGAGCUGGACUCUCUCUUCUCCUACUUCGACACGGGGGCCAGCGGGGCUGGUCCGCGAAGUCUAAGCAGUGACAGUGGCCUGGGCGGCAGCUGUGAUGUCCUGGCCUUUGGCACGGGUUCUGUGGUGGUGGACAGCGUCACGGAGGAGGAGGGUGCAGGGUCGGAGGAGUCCAGUGGCGAAGCAGACGGGGACGCCGAGGCUGAGGCCUGGGGCCUGGCCGAUGUGCGGGAGCUGCACCCUGGGCUGCUGGCGAACCGUGCGGCCCGCACACGUGACCUCCCUGCGCUGGCUGCAGCACUGGCCCACGGGGCAGAGGUCAACUGGGCGGACGCGGAGGACGAGGGCAGAACACCGCUGGUGCAGGCCGUGCUGGGGGGCUCCUUGAUCGUGUGUGAGUUCCUCCUGCAAAAUGGGGCCGACGUGAACCAAAGGGACAGCCGCGGCCGCGCACCCCUGCACCACGCCACGCUCCUAGGCCGCACCGGCCACGUGUGCCUGUUUCUGAAGCGGGGUGCGGACCAGCGCGCACUGGACCACGAUCAGCAGGACCCUCUGAGCAUCGCUGUGCAGGCGGCCAAUGCGGACAUUGUCACAUUGCUCCGUCUGGCGCGCAUGGCCGAGGAGAUGCGAGAGGCUGAGGCACCUCCGGGCCAGCCGGGCCCCUUGGCAGGCGGCAGCCCCACCGAGCUGCAGUACCGCAGGUGCUUGCAAGAGUUUAUCAGCCUGCACCUAGGAGAGGGCUAGGGUCCCUUUCCUGCCAUGGGGUGGGUACCUGGGGGCUCCCACCUGCCUGCUGUUCCCACCUUACACUACGCAGGCCCAGGGGACACAGAGGGACCCUGACACUCAGUCUCUGGUAACCCCCACAGUCCCCCUCAAGCAGGUGCUGCAUUAUCUGGUGCCCCUCCCCCACCCCGGGGGCCUUGUCUUCAGGUGACACUCCUGGGACCCGGGUCGCUCUUGUCACAAACCACUCAAGCCUUGACCCCCCACCUGUCCCCUCCAGCCUGGGCUGGUGGCUGGCCGCCAGCACCCCACAGGGCUGGCCCGUCGGGGGACCCCAGUACCUCACUUGGCGACCCCAGCUUCCGGCCUGGGCCCUCAGCCCUACAGGCCACUGGGUCAGCCACACAGGCCCCGUGCCUGCCUCUCAGAGGCCUGUGCCCACAGCCCCCAUCCUGGGUGCUUCUGCCCGAGGCCAUGGAGUGGGUUUCCUGCAGAAUGCUCCUCUACUGCACCCCAUGGCUUCCCUGUGGGGGCUCCCUGCCAAGCCCCGGAUGCUGGUUCUGUCUACUCUGCUCCCUUGCUGGCCUCACCCCGGGCCCAGGGGUCCCUCCCUCGUCUUGCGGGACCACCGAUGCCUUCACGUCCCCCUCCCCAACUGUGGGCCUUGCUCAGGCCAAGGCCAACCAGCUGGUCACUAUGCAAAUGCUGCCCAGAGGGGCACUGGGGCCCUACCCCUGCCUGUUGGCCAUGCCUCCUCCCUCUGCCCGCCUUGGCCCUGGGCUGGCAGGCAGACCUCCCCUCGCCUGUCACCCCUCCUUAAUAAACCUGUGCCACUCGCA